UGGAGACGUCUGUAUUCCUUGCUAUCAAGAUGUCCAAUUGUAGUUACACGGAACAUAACCUAGUUUUCUACUGUCGAUCGGUUUUCAUACAGAAUGUAUAAACGAUGUAAUGUUUUGUAUGGUUGAACUCAAUAACGCCCACUGUCAAUAGUGGUCACAAAAUUAGAGUUCUUUCGAUAUGGCACCGUGGAAAGACAAAUUUGUAAAACGCUUUGUCAUAACUGAAACUACACAACAUAAAAAAGGGUUUACUGUUUACAAAGUUACAUCAUUGGUGUUUAUAAAAGACGUGCCAGAAGCAGUGUCAAAAGUAUCAGUCUGGAAACGUUACUCAGAGUUUAAAAGACUUCACUCAGCACUUAAAUCUCAAUAUGCAAAUCUUAAAAUCAAAGAACCCUUUCCAUCGUUUCCACAGUCGAAAUUUUUUGGCCGCUUUGAAAUUGACGUAAUAGAAGAAAGAAGAACAAGUGCAGUUAAAUUUUUAGAGUUCGUUGCAAGGCAUGCUUCGUUAUAUACUAGUACUGUUUUCAUGAAAUUCUUUGAGACUAGUCAAUCAAAAGAUUCAAUAACUGACUGCUCACAAUCUUUGAGUUCUGAUACUUCUGAAGAAGAUCAUAAUACCAGCUUAGAUAAAUAUUCAGAUAAAAACAGAACACUUCAACAUUUUAUACCCCAAAGUAUCAAUUUCAGUACACCUACAAAUUUAAUAUCACCAUUUCUUUCAAAAGACAAAGGAGAAUCAGUGGUUUCUAAAAACUCUUAUCACUUUAAUGGAAGCAUUGAACCAUAUGAUGGAAGUGCUCUGGGAAGCUUUAAAGAUACUGAAAUAGUCACAAAUUCAGUUGAAAAUCUCAUUACAGAAGGCCAAUCAUCUUUGACAAAACAGGUUGACAUUCAAGUUACAGAUUCACAGUUAGAAUACACUAAACAUACUAAUGGGAUUAGCGAUAAACAUUGUAGAGAUAUAAAUCCAUUGAGUGAUAAGCAGUCAAUUGUAACACGUGAAUGUAUUAAUGGAUUUGUACAAGAUGCAUCAUGUGAUGCAUCUAACAUUGUUAUACACGAUGGAUCUGAUUUACCAAAUACAACCGAAAAUGCUGUACAGUACAUAUUAAUAGCUGCAGCACAUAUGAGUGCAGCUUUUCGACAUGAAGCAAUUAUUGAAUACGAAGAGGCUUUUACUCAGUACAAAUUAGGAAUUUCCCAUUUGUUAAAUGGUGUUCAAACUGAUCCAGAUCUUCAAAGACGAAUUAUAAUUAAAGAAAAAAUAUCAAAAUAUUUAAACAGAGCCGAAAGACUAUACAACAGGCAUUUAAAUUGCAAUAUAUUAGCACUUAAUAAACCUGUAUCAGAUCUUCAGAAUUACAAAGUUUUUCAAGUUGUUGGAUCUGCAAUGCUUGUAAAAGAUAUAAUUCAAGGGUGUACUAGGGUUAUAAAGACAAUUGAAAAACCGGCGGGUGUGGAAGAAGAUAUAAGUAAUUAUAUAUUACGAGGAAAAGUACCAUACAUGGUACAAUUAUAUGGAUGUAUACAAACAGAGACAACCAUAUUUUUGGUGCUACAAUAUGUCAGCAGUGGAAAAUUGUGGGAAUAUAUAAAAACUCAUUGGACUGGUCACAACAUGGCUUUAAAAAAAAAUCAUACAAGGUCGGUCAGUUGCGAUGCUGCAAUUUAUACUGAAUGUGAUAAAAUAAAAAACUGUAAUUGUAAUGACUCAUCUGAAGAACAAAAAUCAGCAAAUAUAAAACAUGAUAAAUUAAAUGAAUGUCACCCUUGUGGAAACGUAAAUAAUGAAGAAAAUAGCUUUGACUCGUCAAACUAUUUAGAAGAUUUUAGAACUGAUUCUAAGUCCAGUUUAGACUUACCUACAAUAGAUCUGUUAAAGAAUGCGAAAAAAUUGUUACAGUCAGUCAAUGCUACACUGAAAAAAAGUAAUUCUAUUGCGAGUCGACUGAAUGAAUCUGAACAAUUAUACAAUCGACUCAAACAGAAUUCCGAUAAAUCAGUAAAUAAUUCAGUGCUUUGUAUGACAAAUGGACAUGAUUCCGAUAUGAUGAAUUCAGAAAAAAGUCCCAGUAAAUCAAAGAAUGGAUCAACUGAAUGGCAGGAACAACAAACAAAACAUUUCAGAUUCAUAGAUGAUAGUGAAAAUACUGAAGAAAGUUAUGAUACAAGUGAGUUAUCAACUAGUGACAGUUUUACUGAUAUAAGUAUUAGUAAAGAAAAAGAACCAAGUGCAUCCGCAGACCUGAUUGCAGUGCCUAACACAUUAACAGAAACUACAGGGAGUUUAGAAGGUAAAAAUAACUUUGGUAAACCUCAUCUGUAUUUCGCAGAAAAUAAAAUACUUAGUUCAAAGCAGCAAUCAUUUUAUGAUGAUUGUAAUGCAGAAAUAAUUCAAUUGUGGAAUGCACCUGAAGAUACGGUUAGAGUAUGGGCUGCAGAAAUUCUGUUAGCAUUAGAGACAUUACAUCAACAAGAUAUCAUAGUGUCCGAUCUUACACCCGACAAUAUACUGAUCGAUGAGAUGAACCAUGUUGUCCUAACAUACAUAGUACCUCAAAAGUGCAAGCAAUUAUCACGCAUUAAGAAACCGUAUACAGCGCCCGAAUUGUGUUUAUUUUCACCAUUGGUAUCUACUGCUUCAUCUGCUGAUGUAUGGAGUUUUGGGGUUCUACUCUAUGAAUUACUUACAGGAACUACAUUCCAGUCAAAGCAUCCAGGAUUGUUCCAUUCACAUUCCACACUUAAUAUACCAGAAGACUUGUCAAAAAAUGCUAAAUCUCUUCUAAUAAAUGUACUGAAAUACGAGCCCAGUGACCGAAUGACAAUUCCUGAUAUAAAGGAGCACCCGUUCUUUGAAAAAAUGGAUUGGGUAGGCUUAUUAGAUUAUUAACUUGCCCACGUUACUUAAUACGUUUAUUAUAGUAUUAAACGGAUAUAUUUAGUUCUUUUAAUUGUAUUUAGUCUUUCGUAUCUUGUACCUGGAUAUGUAUUGGUGCAAUUAAUACAAUCUAUGAGAGCGUUAAUUCGACAAGUAACAUUCGAAUCUUGUAACAAAGUAUUAUAGAAUCUGAGAAGAAAAUAUUUAUUAUGAUAUUAUAAAAUUACAUUAUUUAUGAACUAGUUGUACACAAUGUACUGCAGUACUGUUAUUUUGAUUUUGAUCUCUGUGUUCGUAAUAUUGUCGACAUUUCAUUAACGGAACGAGUUGUAAAUAAAACAUCGCGUUAUUGAA